AUGAUUUUGCAUAUCCGAGGAGGACUGUUUUAUUUACUAACAGUUAUCCUCCGUCAUCUCGGGCACACUGCUUUGGAUGGCUGUGCUGUUCCAAAGCAGUGGGCUUACAGUGAAGCACCAACACACCUCCCCCUAGUAAAACACUCGCAGCACAGUUAACCCUUUGAUCGCCCCUCAUGUUAACCCCUUCCUGCCCAGUGCCAUUAGUAGUGUCAGUGCUUUUUAUUAGCACUGAUCACUGUAUUGGUGUCACUGGGGAUGUCAGUGACACCAAGUCAGUUCCCCCGAGUGUCAGAAUGUCCGCUGCAGUCCCGCUGUAA